AUGAAACAAGGUACCUUCCUUCGUAAAAUCAAUAGAUUGCAGUUAUUUACUGCAUCACCCAAAAUCAACAGAUCAAUAUUAAAAAUUAAUAAUUUAACUAAUGAUAUUAACAAGUUUACAAUUAAUAGAGUGAAUCAAACUAAAAACUAUUCAAAUACAUUAAAACCAACAACAAAUAAUGUUGAAAAUAUUAAAUUUAAAAAUAUUGGUGACGGAAAUUUGUUGGUGCCAUAUUUUCCAUAUGGUGAAUCAGAUUUUGCUUCCAUCAGAAGAAGUAAACAAUUUUAUGUUGAUAAAACUAAUUUAAUUCCUCUAUUAGAAGAAAGUGGAAAACAAUUAUUUUUUGUUCGUCCUCCGAGAUGGGGAAAAUCACUAUUAUUAUCAAUGCUUUCAUCAUAUUAUGAUAUUAACAAGAAAGAUGAAUUUGAUGAAUUAUUUUCUGGUUUAUGGAUUGGUGAUGAACAGAAUUGGACACCUGGAAAGAAUCAAUAUUAUGUUUUAAAGUUAGAUUUUUCUAUUCAAGUUGAUGGUACUGCUGAUGAUAUUAAUCAACGACUUCACACAAAAAUCAAUACAACCAUUGAAGGAUUUUUGGAAUGUUAUGGUAUGGGUGGUGAGGUUAGCAUUAAUCAAAAUGAUUCAUUUGAUACUUAUCAAAAACUUAUCCAACUUUUAGUCAAGAGAAAAGGCAAAUUAAUGGUAUUAAUUGAUGAAUAUGAUAGAUUUGCAAACAAAUUAAUAUUUGAAAAUCCUGAAAAAUAUCAAUUAAUAGUUGAAGGAAAGAGAGGAGAUCCAACAUCUUCACCAAUUCGUUCUUUCUUUGAAAGAUUGAAAGAGUCUUCCGCUACUGGUUUACAAGAUUUUCGUAGUAUCAUCACUGGUAUCACUCCUAUUGCUCUUGCUGAUGCAUCUGGAUAUAAUGUUUCCAGUAAUAUUUCCUCUGAUAAGAUAUUG